AUGCCCUUCAACUACCACCCGCAACAAGUCAACAAUGUAUUGGGUCGAGCCAUUCUCGAGUGCUUGAGCAUGCUGAACGUGUAUCAUAAUAUCGUCAUGAAAAAUACGAUACAAAUUGAGAAUGCGUUGCUUUUCAAUGCCUCAACAUGGGCCGCGAUGCAUACGACGCAACUGGUGUCCCCAAGCCACUGCCCCUCACCAAACGAGGCUUUCUCACUCGGCUCACAUACACUACUCAUCAACCAACCAGAUACAGCUGUCCACUAUGAGUUAGCUCUCAGUGGAAAUGAUUGCACCUUCAUGGACUAUUGCCAACCUGCAACGACACAUGAGGAACAUCAGGAGAACGGAUUCAUCCACCUGAAAGCCUUCGUCGCACGAGGCCGCUUCUUGGACUGA